AUGUCAGAAGACUCAUGGCUCUCACCCACCUCAAUCGAAGAAUGGUGGUCAACCCCUUCUCAAACAGGUAUCAAGAGACCUUAUUCAGCCGACACAGUCGCAUCACUCCGAGAUGUGUUUCCAGAGAAUCACCAUUCAAACGCUAUGGCCCUCAAGCUCAGAAGUAUCUUCGAGAGAGUACAGAAAGACAAAUCCGUCAAUCUGACUACUAGCGUGAUCGAUCCUGUCACUGCGCAGAUCAUGGCCGAAGUUGGUUUUGAAACGUUAUAUGUAUCCGGUGGGAUGUCAGCUAAUACAGAUACAGCGACGGAUGAUCCUGGACCUGAUCUUGCAGAUUACACAUACGACACCGUUCCAAAGAAAGUAGCAACCAUCUAUCGAUCCCAGCUCCUUCACUCACGUACGGCUAGAGUAAAUAAGACGGGUAAAGAGGAAAUACCUUUGUUACCUAUCAUCGCAGAUGCAGAUUCAGGUCAUGGUCAACAUACAGCAAUCAUGAAAUUGGUUAAACUAUUCGUCCAAAGUGGUGUAUCGGGAUUUCAUUUGGAUGAUUUGGUUUCGGGAGUUAAAAGACAUGAUGGUAAAGAUGGAUUAUCAAGUGUUUUGGUACCUACCGGUGAAUAUUUGAGGAGAUUGGUAGCUGCGAAAUUACAACUGGAUAUAAUGGGAUCCGAAGUAAUUUCAAUUGCUCGAACUGAUGCCCAGACAGCCACCCACAUCACAUCGACUAUCGACCACCGAGAUCGACCUUUCAUCCUGGGUGCUACGGUCCCUCUGAAACAGCAUUUCAUCCAUACCGAAGGAAAUUCAGCAAGGGAAGAAUGGAAGAGAGAAGCUAAAUUAUCUACUCUGGAUGAUCAUUUCCAAUCAUCCUAUCCGGAUCUAUUUGAUCAAUUCAAAGAAGAAACUUCAAAAAUGAACGUAUCUGAAGCACUUUUGAUAGCUCAAAAGCUCGUUUCUUCUUUUUACUGGAACUAUGAGAGUCCCCGAACUUCCGAGGGAUGGUACGCUUUCAAAGGUGGUGUUCAAGCUGCUGUGAGCAGAGCCAACGUAGCUGCCAAUAUCUCUGAUGUCGUAUGGGCCUGUGCGCACGGAUACAAUCCGGAUAGGGCAGAAGCGUUUGCCAAAGGUGUUCAGGAGGUACAUGAAGGUAAAUGGAUGGCUUAUAAUGUAACAGGUGGAUUCCCAGAUGAUGGUUCAGCAGAUGAACAAGUCAAAAAUAUACCUUCCCAAUUAUCUUCCUUAGGAUACGUGUGGCUCUUCUUACCUAUAGCCGGAUUGACAACAGUUGGAUUAGGUUCUCAAACAGCUAUGAAAUCUAUCAAAGAACAUGGACUGUACGGUUAUCUGUCUCAGGUGUCUCGACCUGCUGCAAGACAUGCGGCUGCGGCCGAUGGGACAAGUCCAGAAUGGUGGUGGAAAGUCAUGGGUAAAUUGGCGGAUGACGCUGCGGAUGCUAUUGGCGAGGGGUUAUAG